AUUUUUAUAGCCAAUCAAAUUUAAUCUUACUUCCGCAUUCAAGGAAAUAAAUUUAUUUGUCAACAAUGGCACAACAUGGACAUGGGCAACAUCAGAGGCCCAUUCAACAAGACUGGGCCAAUAGAGAAUACAUUGAAGUUAUAACUGGAAGCAUAAAGAAAAUAUCGGACUUUUUAAACUCGUUUGACACAUCAUGUAGAUCUAGACUGGCUACUUUGAAUGAGAAGUUAACACAACUGGAAAGAAAAGUUGAAUAUAUAGAAGCACGGGUUACUAAAGGUGAAACGUUACAAUAAUGCCAAGAGAAAGAAGAUCUGAGUUGUGGACAUAAUGUUGUGGAAUUCCAUGUACAUUUGUUGUGGUUUUGACAUAGAAAUUCUAGACUGAAAGUUGCAAAUAUGAAAAUAACAUAAAAAAAUUGAUAAAUAAGCUGAAUUUGUUCAGUAUACUGAUUGACUUACAUUCAGACUACAAACAUUUUGUAUUUUAAUGACUAAUAAAACUUAAAAGUGCAGUUGAGUUAAAAUACCUUUUAUAUCUGCAACACCCUUUAUAUUUGAAAAAUAUAUAAAAA